UGCGUGUGCGUCAGUUUACUGAGGCGUAAUAGACUGGAACAAAGAAGGCGCCUGGAGCGGAAAAUAAAAGAAAGAAACCGAAAUCGAAUCGAACUGAACUGAACUGAAAUGCACUAUACAGAAAUGCCUCUAUACUAUGCCAGGAGGAAGAAUGCCGGAGAAGAGGCCACCUCAUCGGUUCCUGAAUCACAGCGGAUUGUUCAGGAGCAGCACACUCAAUUCCGCAGGCACGAUCACAAAAAGAAAUCAAAUAUGAAGUAUGUAACAGCAUGAUAUAAACAUCCGAGGUCUAAUUAUUAUUUAAACAAUAAUUACAAAGGGAAAUACAAAAAGUAGUACUCAAUUAAACUCCUAACAAGACGUCAUCAAAAGGUGACUGAAUCGAAAAUAUAUGCAUAAUUUAAACGAUAUUAAACUUGAUUGCAAUGCAAACAUCACACGUAAUUACAGCUUCCAAUGAAUUGUGCAUUUUUUUGAACCAAUAAAUCUUGGCCUUUAUUCAAGAUGAUUCGCCCUUAGCAUGGAAAUUAAUUAUGGCAGCCACUGUACUGCACAUUUCUCAAUCCAAAGAGGAAACAAAAUUUAAACGAUCGUUACAAAGAGCAUUUCUGAUUUCUGCAAGGGUAGGUGGGCGAUCGAGGGCAUAUAAAUCUCGAUAAAUACGGACACCUACACCCACACCUUUUGUAAAAUAUAAUAUAUAUUCAUGCCCAAAAAUGUGUCAGCUGUUUGCUGUUUUUGCACAAUGAAACGAGAGCGAAAGCGGAAAAAGAAACAAGACAUUGAGUGUGCGCCUAGGAUGAGUGGUGGAUAUCCAACAAAGAUAAGAAAGAAAGACUAAAUUCGCAGAAUGUGCAAGCGAUUUGGACAACAUUUUAACUAGUAAUAAUACAUGAGUGUUCCAAGUUUGAAUCACUUCCAUUGAGACAAAUGUCUUCGCACUGUGAGGCCAGAACAGCCUCUAUAGAGGCGAACCAGCCAGAGAUAUGUAUAAACAGCGAAAAUCGGCAAAAACUGGACACGUCAGGCGGCCGCGAAGACCUCCGCGGAUGUGCACCUGGACCAGAUAAACGCAGUCCGGCAGGCAGGCAAGCAGCGAAGUCUGCGGAUUCGUCUCCGUUCUCUGCGGAAUCCGGCUGUCCACCUCAUCCGUAUCUGUUGGCUUUCGUCAUUGUGCAUCGGGAUUCGAGUGUAGUAGUCUACGGCCAAUUAGACAGCAGGCAAAUAUCAGCGGAACGCAACUAUGUAUAUACAGGGGGUAUGGUAUGGUAUGGUAUAUGGCCAUGGCAACGCAACAACAUCGGUAGCCAUGCCCUCCAUAUGCUUAGCAGCUGAUAAGGAACGAUAAGAGCCAUGAGAAGGGGUAAGAACCCGAUUAGCAAAGGCGGAAAGUAAACAUUGUUGGAGUUAUUUGGCAAAAACAUUCGCUAUGCCAAGAACGGAUUACUCAAUGGAGCCGGGAAAAUGAGGAGCACUCUUGAAGAAGCUACACUGGAAAUGAUUUCCAUUACCUGCUAUUUGUUUAACAAAUUGGUCAUAAGUAACAAUAUAGUUUUGUAUUGUAUAUUUUCAUCCUUGGCAUACAAACAGAUAGUUGCAACUCCUCUCGUUUCAUUUCCCCAUCUCCUAUUAAAUCAAUAUUUUAUAAACAGAAAGUCAUCGCAAAUUUGAGACGCUUUAGGUGUCUUCCUAGGAAUCUAGAUUCUCCCAAUUUGUUUCAUUCAAAAGUCGCGUAUUUGAUUCGGAUAAUGUUCACUUCUGGCGAUAUUAAGUUCAAAACGAGUUUGUUUACUUAAUUCAUUUGUUGCCUGACCAGGCUUGAGCCAUUGUUGGAUCAACUUGCAAACACUGGGCAAAAAUGAUUGUCACAAAAAAUGUCAUUUUGCAUUUUGUACUUGAAUAUACAAGUAUUUUCCUAUUGAUUAAUGCUAGGAGAUGUAAUAGCAAUUAAAACAUUCCCAUUUGAAAAAGAGCCUGAAUUGUAUUAGUUUCAAAAAUUCGAACAGAAGAUUUCUCACAGUGUACGAUGAGUGUGCAUAGAAGGCGAGACAGGUAGAAAACAGAGAAGGUGGCGAUUUUUGAACUGGCAAACUUGAAACUGGCCAAUUGAAAGGAAAACUUGGCGCAGCAAGGCAUGCCGCCGAGGAAAAACAAAUUCGCGGAAAUGGGAAAUAGACGAAACGUGAGAACAGCAGCAAAGUCAACAAAAGCGUGCAACUGCUCAAUGGCAAUAAACAAAAGACGAAAGCAGAACAAAAAUAGCAUUAAAACGCACGACGAAUAAUGAUAAUUCAAGAGCGAGAGUUUUUAAUGGGAUUCGGUCAACUUUUGACGCCGCAUCGAUUUGGCAUUAUGGUAGUUACCGUUAUACCA